AUGGCCGAUGAGGACUACGAGAUGGACGGAGGAUACGAAGAUGAGCCAAUUGAUCCAGAACCCGAUGAAGGUGUAGAGUUGGAAGAAGAGAAUAAUAACAAUGAGGAUGCUCCGGAUGACAUUGUAGGAGAAGGCGAAGAGAAACAGGAGGCAGAACCUGUUGAACGCCCUCGGAAAACGUCCAAGUAUAUGACCAAAUAUGAGCGAGCGAGGAUUUUGGGUACACGGGCAUUGCAGAUUAGCAUGAAUGCUCCAGUGAUGGUUGAGUUGGAGGGCGAAACCGAUCCACUUGAGAUUGCAAUGAAGGAGCUGCGCGAGCGAAAGAUACCAUUCACCAUUCGUCGUUACCUCCCCGAUGGAAGUUACGAAGACUGGGGAGUUGAUGAAUUGAUAGUGGAAGACUCCUGGAAAAGACAAGUCGGAGCCGCGCCCGAAAGAUUCGGAUUGCAGUGCCCCCAACACUACCUACCGGCGAUGAAGAUAGCGGUUGGGAACGGGAUGAAGGUUGCUGCAUGGAGGCUAACUGCCGACGGAGAGCGAGGAGAUCGGAGAGUGGAGAAGAGAGAAGAACCCACAAAUCUCAACAUAAAGGUCGUAAAAAGAUAUUCUCUGAUAAUGUCUGAAACAUCCAUGAUGAGUAACAAUGAGGCAUACAACCAUUAUCUGAAUGGUAUGACCCCAUCUGAAAUUGCUGCACACUUCAAAGAGAUUUAUCCCGAGUUUGGUGAUCUUGAUGUUGAAGACGUCCUUCUACAACAGGAAAGUGCAUAUCUAUAUAUUCAAGCCAGUGGAAAGGAAAAGGUUUCAACAUCUGACUAUGGGCAAACUAGCAAUAGGAGUCAGUUUUCAGCACAAGAGAAUGAAUCACAAUUAGCUCUUGAUGAAGCUUUUGCUAGAUCUUUGGAAUUGGGGGACAACUUUGCCGACUUAUAUAGUUCUGAGCAUGGUGGCACCAUAGUUGAGAGCACAGAUUCAACUUCCAGAGUAACACCUGCCAGGAUGGCGGUCCAAAACACAAGGGAAGAUGAAAUUGAUCCAGAUAUUAUGAAUUAUGAGGAAUUGCUGUCACUAGGGGAAGCUGUUGGCAAUGAGAGCAAAGGACUUUCAGAUGAUCUCAUCUCUCGUUUACCGACUUUUAAAUACAAAGCAGGGUUGUUCUCCAAGAAAAAGAAAAAAGAAGAGUGUGUGAUAUGUUGUGCUGAAUACAAGAAUGGAGCUAAGCUGGUAACUUUGCCUUGUGCUCACCAAUAUCAUUCAGGAUGCAUUACACAUUGGUUGAAACUCAGUAAGAAUUGCCCAGUGUGUCAAGAGGAGGUUCGAGGAGAAUAA